AUGGCGCGAGUAGAAGAGAAGUUAUAUCCGAAUUGUGACUCGUCGGUUUGGCUGCGUUCCUGCGAAGAGGAGGUUUCCGAGCCUCUAGAAGGGGAACUGACAGGUGAGGUUCCCUCGUGGCUUCGAGGUACAUUACUCCGUAAUGGUCCAGGUUCGCUCAACGUCGGCUCAAUGAGGUUUGAGCAUUUAUUCGACAGCUCAGCUUUAUUGCACAGGUUCGCGAUCGAUGAUGGCACCGUGACAUACCAGUGUCGGUUUCUUUGCACCAAUACGUUGAAGAAAAACCGCGCCGCCAACCGCAUCGUGGUCACGGAGUUUGGCACCAAGGCUGUCCCGGAUCCGUGUCAUACAAUUUUUGACAGAAUGGCAGCGGUCUUCAAUCCAGGGGAAAUGGUCUCCGAUAACGCAAUGAUCUCAUUGUAUCCUUUUGGCGAUGAAAUAUACGCCUUUACAGAAGGGCCUAUCAUACACAGAGUGGAUCCAGUAACAUUGGACACAUUGGAGCAGAGGAGUAUGACAGACUGCAUUGCGCUUGUAAACCAUACCUCACAUCCUCAUGUCAUGCCUAAUGGUGAUGUAUAUAACGUUGGGAUGUCAGUGGUCAGAGGCAGAAUAAAGCACGUGGUCGCCAAAUUUCCGUACACUGAAAAAGGAGACAUGUUUAAAAGUGCUCGAAUUGUUGCCACGUUGAAGCCACGCUGGCAAAUGCAUCCCUCAUACAUGCACACCUUUGGUAUUACAGAAAACUACUUCGUAAUAGUGGAGCAGCCUCUAUCGGUCUCACUCUACGGGCUGGUGCGGGGAGUCCUUGCCAAAGAACCACUCGCCAAAAGUCUGCAAUGGUUUCCCAAUUACGAGACACACGUAGUACUUCUAAGCCGUGAAACCGGCAAAGAAGUUAAGCGCUUCCGUACAGAAGCCCUCUUCUAUCUGCACAUCAUCAACUGUUAUGAACAUAACGGGAAGCUGGUGGUAGACUUAUGUGCUUACAAGGAUGCCAAGGUCAUUGACGGCAUGUACGUACAUGCUAUUGAGACGAUGCAAAGCAAUGCCGAUUACGCGAACUGGUUCCGCGGCAGACCAAAACGACUAGAGGUGAAUCUCGACGCAAAGAAAUUGACGAAAAUGGAUGAGACAAUACUCGCUGAAAUUGGGUGUGAAACACCCAGGAUACACUAUGACCUUUAUAACGGCCGCUAUUACAGGUAUUUCUACGCAAUCAGCUCAGAUGUGGAUGCUGAAAAUCCAGGAGCGGUGAUAAAGGUGGAUACAAAAACUGGCGAGACAAAGAUGUGGUGUGAUGUUAACUGUUAUCCCAGCGAACCAAUAUUUGUUCCAGCACCGAAUGCCAAGGAAGAGGACGAAGGAGUGUUAAUAAGUGCAGUGGUAUGGGGUGGAGAAGAUACUCAGACGGUGGCUCUUCUAGUAUUAGAUUCAAAGACUAUGAAGGAACUGGCGCGGGUGAAGUUCAACACUCCUUCACCAGUUCCUAAAUGUUUGCAUGGGUGGUUCUUACCGAAGGUCGGUUGA